GCGGCCCAAGAUGGCGCGGGGUUGGUGGCGCUCACCGGCAGCCUCCGCUUGAGCGCCUGCGGCGGGGUUCAUGCGCCGGAGCGCCUGGCCGCGGCGGGGCCCAGCGCGAUGGAGGGCGGCGAGCUGGGCGUGGAGAGCAUGGACAGCCUGACCGAGCUGGGCGACGAGCUCACCCUGGGCGACAUCGACGAGAUGCUGCAGUUUGUCAGUAACCAGGCAGGGGACUUCCCGGAUCUGUUCUCGGAUCACUUGUGUGGCACCUUCCAGGGCGGCAGCAGCAGCAAUGGCGGGACCCUGGAGCCGCAGCUGCAGCGGCCCUACAGCCAAGUGCAGCUCCAGCCCUUCCCGCCGUCCCCUGCAUCCCCCCAGCUCCAGAGCCUGCCUGCCAAAGCGGCACAGGGAACACCUCCGGCCCCUCCGCGCUCAGCCCCGCUCCUGCAGCCCCGGCCCCCGCUCCAGCCCCAGCUCCAGCAGCAGGCUGUGAUGAUUGCACCGACCUUCAGCUCUGCUCCCCAGACCAGGAUUAUCCAGCAGCCCGUGAUCUACCAGAACGCAGCCACCAGUUUCCAAGGUAUUCUCCAGCCUCAAGUCCAGAGCCUGGUGACAUCCUCCCAGGUCCAGCCAGUUACCAUCCAGCAGCAAGUGCAGACUGUGCAGGCCCAGCGGGUGCUAACACAAGCUGCCAACGGCACCAUCCAGACGUUAACGCCAGCCACAGUCCAGACGGUCGCUGCACCACAGGUCCAGCAAGUUCCAGUUUUGGUCCAACCUCAGAUCAUAAAAACGGACUCUCUUGUCUUGACAACCUUGAAAGCGGAUGGUAAUCCUGUUAUGGCUGCAGUACAGAACCCAGCACUGACAGCACUCACUGCUCCCAUUCAGACCACAGCUCUGCAGACCCUCGUUGGGAGCAAUGGGACCAUUUUGACCACAAUGCCGGUGAUGGUGGGACAAGAAAAGGUGCCUAUCAAGCAAGUCCCUGGGGGUGUCAAGCAACCAGAGCCACCUAAAGAAGGAGAGAGGAGAACAACUCACAACAUCAUUGAAAAGCGUUACCGGUCAUCCAUAAAUGACAAGAUCAUUGAGCUGAAGGACCUUGUCAUGGGCACAGAUGCCAAGAUGCACAAGUCUGGAGUCCUGAGAAAAGCCAUUGAUUACAUUAAAUACCUACAGCAGGCCAACCAUAAGCUGAGACAGGAGAACAUGGUUCUGAAGCUGGCUAACCAAAAAAACAAGCUGUUGAAGGGCAUUGACCUAAGCAGCCUGGUUGACAACGAUGUGGAUCUGAAGAUAGAUGAGUUCAAUCAGAAUGUGCUGCUGAUGUCUCCUCCAGCCUCAGACUCGGGAUCACAGGCUGGAUUCUCUCCCUAUUCCAUUGAUUCAGAGCCAGGAAGUCCACUCCUUGAUGAUGCAAAGGUUAAAGAUGAGCCUGACUCUCCUCCUGUGGCCCUUGGUAUGGUGGAUCGCUCUCGAAUACUCCUCUGUGCUCUCACAUUCCUUUGCCUUUCCUUCAAUCCCCUGACAUCCCUGCUGGACGCCCGAGGAACCCCAGAGCCCGACAGCCUGGUGCGGCAUGGCUCCGGCAGGAACGUGCUGACCGUUGAGUCAGAUGCAGGUGGCUGGUUCGGAUGGAUGAUGCCCACGCUGAUCCUGUGGCUUGUGAACGGGGUGAUUGUACUGAGCGUGUUCAUAAAGCUCCUCGUGCAUGGAGAGCCAGUGACCCGGCUGCACUCCCGGUCAUCGGUCACCUUCUGGAGGCAUCGCAAGCAGGCAGACCUGGAUUUGGCACGGGGGGAUUUUGCCGCAGCUGCGUCAAACCUGCAGACUUGCCUGUCGGUACUCGGCCGAGCACUGCCAGCCUCCCGCCUGGACUUGGCCUGCAGCCUGUCCUGGAACGUCAUCCGCUAUAGCCUGCAGAAGCUGGCACUGGUGCGGUGGCUGCUGAAGAGGACUUCUCAUCAGUGGCGGGCAAGGGAGGCCACUGCAGGCUUCGAGGACGAGGCCAAGACCAGUGCUCGCGAUGCAGCUCUAGCGUAUCACAAGCUCCAUCAGCUUCACAUAACAGGUAAACUUCCCUCCAGCUCAGCUUACUCGGGCUUGCACAUGGCCCUGUGUGCUGUGAAUCUGGCUGAGUGCGCAGAAGAGAAGAUCCCACCCAGCACAAUGGCAGAAAUCCACUUGACAGCCGCCGUUGGCUUGAAGACCCGCUGUGGGGGCAAGCUGGGCUUCCUAGCGAGCUACUUUCUAAGCCAGGCUCAGAGCCUGUGCAGCUCGGAGCGAAGUGCCAUUCCUGACUCGUUGCGUUGGUUGUGCCACCCCUUGGGACAGAAGUUUUUUGUGGACCGGAGCUGGACGGUCAAGUCAGCUGCAAAGGAGAGCCUGUACUGCACCCAGAGGAACCCUGCGGAUCCUAUUGCACAAGUUCAUCAGGCAUUUUGUGAGAACCUGCUGGAGCGAGCAGUGGAUUCUCUUGUGAAGCCUCAGACUAGGAAAGAGAUAGUGGAACAAGAGGAGGAGGAGCCAUGUGAGUUCUCCAGUGCCAUGGAGUACUUGAAACUGCUCAACUCUUUCUUGGACUCAAUGGGAAGUGGAGCUCCACCCUUUGCCAGCACUUCUGUGCUCAAGUCUGCCCUGGGCCCUGACAUGGUGUGCAGAUGGUGGUCAGCAGCGGUGGCGAUGGCAAUUGGUUGGCUCAGAGGGGACGAUGCAGCCGUGAGGUCGCACUUUGCCGAAGUGGAGCGUAUGCCGAAGUCCCUGGAGAUGUCCGAGAAUGCCCUGGUGAAAGCCACCUUCUACGUGUGUAAAGCCAUGCAGGCCUCGCUGUCUGGGAAAGCAGAUGGACAGCAGAGCUCCCUGGGUCACUGCGAGAGGGCCAGCAGUCACUUAUGGAACAGCCUCAACAUGAGCAGCAGCAUCUCCAGCACAGUCCUCAACAAUAUGAUCCAGCUGCUGGCCUGUGACUUGCUGCUCUCUCUCCGCACCAGCCUGUGGCAGAAGCAGGCGAAUGCCAGCCAGGCCCUGGGUGAGACCUACCACGCCUCGGCCCCCGAGCUGACGGGCUUCCAGCGCGACCUCGGCAGCCUGCGCAAGCUGGCCCACGGCUUCCGACCUGCCUAUCGCAAGGUCUUCCUCCAUGAGGCCACCGUGCGCCUGAUGGCUGGUGCCAGCCCGACCCGCACCCACCAGCUGCUGGAGCACAGCUUGAGGCGCCGCACGCCCCAGAGCAGCAAGCAAGGUGAACUGGACACCCUGCCAGGCCAAAGGGAGCGAGCCACAGCCAUCCUGCUGGCCUGCCGCCACCUUCCUCUCUCCUUCCUCUCCUCGCCGGGCCAGCGAGCGGUCCUGCUGGCUGAGGCUGCCCGCACCCUGGAGAAGGUGGGGGACAAGCGCUCCUGCAAUGACUGCCAGCAGAUGAUCGUCAAGCUGAGCGGGGGCACGGCCAUUGCUGCCUCCUAGUGCUGGCGUGGGGCUGCCUUGUGCAGAGCCUGGUUGACCAUCAGCCUGGACUUCCCUUCUGGAGCUUGUAAAAAACUAAAGUGUGAGGUUAGGGCUGUGCUGGUGGGGUCGUGAUGGGGUGGGAGAGGGAGGGUUUUGGUUUUGUUCUGCCUUUUUAAUUGCCCCAGGUUUAGCUUUAUUAGCCCCCUUGCUUGUUCUCAGGCACUGCUGCAGGAAUCUUGUUCAGUUGAGGUUUUUUGCGACCGUGCCUGGGGCUGUUGGGAGGUGCUGGCCCAGCCUGGAGCCCCCAUCCCUGCUGGGGGGAGAAGCCUGCACACCCAAAGCAUAGAGAAGUGGCACAUCCCGUGUCUGUUCUCAGGGGCAUCUCGUUCCCUUCCCAAACACCUCUGUGGAAACCUUUGGGGAAGGCAGAGAAUCCGCUCAGGCCUUGCCCCCUGGGGUUGCUGUGGUCUGGGGCUGUUCCCAAGAGAAGGGGGAAAGGCACCAGCUUUCCUUGAGCUGUAUGUGGGGAAACUGAAGCCCCCUAGACCCAGUUUACAGAGGUGCUCCGGGAGCCUUGCUUGGGGCCAGUACUGCCCAGCAAAUUUAUCUACGGUUUUUAUACAGUUUUUUUUAUAGGAGUGUUUGUGGCUUUACAGAAACAUAGGGACCGAUGCAGCAGAUUUCCCUUCCUCUCCACUUCAUGCAUCUCCUUCCUCUGACAGCUGCCCCUGGGUUUUGACAGGGGACUGGGUUUGUGGCAGCUCUACAAGCAGAGCCCUCUAGAAGGCUGGGGCACCCCAGGUCAUCUGGUGCUGGGUGGCAGCAGAGGUGGAUGUGCAGCGGCCUGCAGUCGGUGUGAAGGGCGGAUGCUGUUCUGGUGCCUUUUUAUUGAUGCAGAAGCAGUCUUUAGGAACAGAGUUUUAAUUUUACUGAGGUCCCAGCCCCAGAACUUGUGUUCAGGUGUUUCUCCUUCCGUUCUCCAACUGCUCAGCAGCUCUGGAGCUCCAGCAGGGACUGGGAGGCAGUGGUUCCAGGGAUGAGUCUCCCAGCUCUGUUACCAUCACUGUUCAGAGCACUUUGACUUGCAGGUGAUGGAUCACCUGUGACUUUCCAAGAUGGGGGAGGCAGACUGGGGACAGGGAGGGAACGGUUUGCCACCUUCUCUGCCUUCCCUGUUGCAUCUCUCCAAAGAAGUGCACACACUCUUGUGUGUGCAAAUGUGGAAACUAGUCUUUGGCGGGUGGGCAUCCCUGUUUCUCCCUGCAGUAGCUGGUCUGUGGUCUGUGUCAGCAUCUAGAAGCACUUGGAUAUGGGCAGCAGCCGAGUCCAAUGCUGUCCCAGUCAGGCCUGUGCAGCCUGACCCCUGUAGAAUCAGACUGGGGCAAGAAGCUUCUGUGUGCAUCCAGAUUUUGCAGACGGGUGUGAGAGCUUGAGCUCCUUCCAAAUUGAGGGGAAAGAGACGGGCACUUGUCUCACUUGCACAGGGUCUUUUGGCAUCUGGGCUGGGGAGUUUGUGUGCUGCAGCAUUGAACACAAGUGACGGUGGUCCUGCAGCUGCUUGGCUUCAACAAGGUGGAAACUGCAUCCAGGAGAAACUUGUCUCCCAGCAAAGCCCUUUCCCAGUGACCCUGAGCUAUAGCUGCAAACAAAAGAUGCUUUUGUUUUGGGGACCAUAAGAUGCUUCCCUCCAUCCCCCACUUCAUUUUGGGAAUAAUAUCUGGUGGAAACCCUGCUGCAAUGGCCAGGAGCCUGUGCUCCUCACCCUGCUGACAGGCUAGGGCAUCCCUUGCUUCCCAGUGUCUGCAGCUGGAUGGGAGCUUAUCCUUUUGAAGGGGAAGAGGUUGCUCUUGGGUGUCUUUGAUCAAUUUGGGUGGGUACUGAUUGGCCAUUCCUGAGUUUCCUAGCUUAUUGGUGAUCUCUUUUGGGGAGUGGAUCUCAUCCUCCUAAGUGUCUCUCACAGUGUCUUCCUGGUGGUUGUUUUUUCCUAAACUAGAGAAACUCCUUACCUGGGGCAACCUCCAAGUUAUUUCCCUGGGUCUGGGUGCAACACGGGGGAAGUUUUGUGCUUUAGUAAAGUGGGGGGAAGUAAAGCUUCAGGAAAGCCAUGGUGCUGAGGCUUCACUUGUCACUAAGAGUGGACUGAGAUCUGGGCUGCAGGGAGUACCGGUGGGGCUGGGAGGCUGUGGGGCAUGAUUCACAGAGGGAACCAGCACUGCUAGUUCUUCUCUACCCUCCAGGGCCAGGGGUCUUUGCCCUGUUUUUAUUAUGCUGUUCAUCAGUUUGCUGCCUGUCUGAUCCUACACCUUUUUUUUUAUAUGUGUGUGUGUGUAUAUACUGUAACUUCUUCGUUUGUGGGUGGGAGAAAAUUGUUUUAUGGAUUGUGUGAAGAAAAUCUAUUUAUCCACAUGGAGGUUGGAGUAGGGAUGAUUUGUGAUACGAGAUGCAACUGGUGGCGGGGAGGUUCCCCAAGGAAUAGAUCUGCUGUCUGAAAACCCUGUGCCAGGGCCCCUGAGCAUCUGGUACCUAAUAAAGGUGAACGUUACCACCA